GAAAAGUGCAUGACGUGGCUGAAAUCUGAUGGCUUAUCUGGUCUUCGUUGAAACGGAACGUAUAUAAACGACGACAGAUUUAACGGAGGAGGGAAAAAACGUCGGUCACCGAGUAAACACCACAAUACUCUCUCUCUCAUCUGAUUGUUUUGAUCUAAAAAAAUGGCGGAGAAAGAUGCGACGGCGAGAAGCGACGGUGGCGAUGGCGGUGCGAUUAGGGUUAGCGGAAUGCAGUUUUCGUACGAAGCCCAAGAUCCUAUAUUCUUCGAUUUCAACCUCGAUCUCCCCGCCGGAUCUCGUUGCCUCUUGGUCGGUGCCAAUGGAUCUGGCAAGACCACUUUAUUGAAGAUUUUGGCGGGAAAGCAUAUGGUUGGAGGGAAGAACGUAGUGCAAGUGCUGGAUCGAUCAGCUUUUCAUGAUACACAGCUUGUUUGUAGUGGUGACUUGUCUUACCUCGGAGGUUCAUGGAGUAAAACAGCUGGUUCUGCUGGUGAGAUUCCUCUUCAGGGAGACUUCUCAGCAGAGCAUAUGAUAUUUGGAGUUGAAGGAAUUGAUCCUGAGAGAAGAGAGAAGUUGAUUGAUCUUCUUGAUAUCAAUCUUCAAUGGCGUAUGCACAAGGUUUCUGAUGGGCAGAGACGCCGAGUGCAGAUAUGCAUGGGUCUUUUACAUCCUUUCAAGGUGUUGUUACUGGACGAGGUUACUGUUGACCUCGACGUUGUUGCUAGGAUGGAUUUGUUGGAAUUCUUCAAAGAAGAGUGUGAACAAAGAGGAGCAACGAUUGUAUACGCAACUCAUAUCUUCGACGGACUAGAGACAUGGGCUAGUCAUCUUGCGUAUAUUCAUGCCGGAGAGCUGAAACUCUCGGCGAAGCUGAACGAGAUCAAGGAUCUGAAAACUUCACCAAAUCUGCUCUCUGUGGUUGAAUCUUGGCUUCGGUCUGAAACCAAAGUCGAGAAGAAGACCAAGAAGAAACCUGUUGUUACUUCUCCAUUUAUGUCGUCUAGACAAAUGGCUUAUUACCGGUGAAUCGUAACUUCUGUCAGAGGUCAUUAUCAAAGACCGGCAAGAAUAAGACCACUUCACAUUUGCCUUUGUUUUUUUUCCCUUUAUUUAUUUUGUAGAUUUCGCCAAUUUUAUGACAUUUAAAAAGAAAUCUGUCAAGUUAACGUUUCAUAAUUAAAUUAAAAAUAUUUCCUUUUUAUUAUUAUGCCAAUCUUUUUGAGAGUA